CUGCGAACUAUCUAUCUCUUGGCUUCGGCUCCAUCUCUUAAAGUGUGAGCCAAGUAUUAAAGGGAUUUUUUACACCUAAAGGACCAAAAAGGAGUUGUUUGCUAGCAUAACAAAACCUGUUACUGUUAGCACUCUAGCGUAUCUUCCGCACACAAAGGCUUUAAUUUAUUUCAUAGCUGCGAGAGUGUACUUUCAACAUUUCAACAGCAAAAACGUGGAGGGUAGCAUCCAACCGUUUUGUCUUGCAGUAAGCAAAUGUAGCAAUCUAAUCCACAAUCGAGAACAUGCCUCUUGAAAGUUCUAAUGAAAGAAUUUCUCGUUUGCCCAAGAUUCUUUUCUCUUGGUUUUACUAAUGUCGAAUCGGCUGUAAACAACGGACGUCGUCAUUGAUUGAUAGCUUGACUUUCAAAUGCUUUGACAUAAAUCUCAUUUCUGGAUUUGUCCGCUAGCCACCGAGUGAGAAAUGAUUUUGACAGCUAUGCAAGUAAUUGUUUACUGCAUCAUAGCUUUGCUGCUUCUUGAUGCUGUCGUAGCUAUCAACAUUGACGUCGUCUCGAGAGCCAAACCCGUCAUAUCUGUAAAGGAUCGCGACACUGAGUUUUAUCGCGUGAAGAUUGCGACGACCCGCCGCCUGAGAGGGCACAGACUUGCGACAGUCAAAGCACAAAAGAACACAUUUCAAGAUGAAGAAAGAAUGAAUUUAGAUAGUCUACUUUCGGCUAUCUCGAGUCCUCCUGACUUCAUAGCAUUUGCUGAGAAAACCCUGGAAAUGUAUUUUAAAUUUCCCGCGUCAACCGACGACUUUUCAACAAUUUGGAAGACUGGUGAGAGCUUAGGUGUCAUCGGUAAUUCCCUCGAUUGAUCAAAUCGUAUCUCUGCGGCCGUAAAGCUGGCGGUGGAAAAACUCGGCGUGACUGAUACGAAACUCACGAAGACGACGGCCGCAGAUAAGCGACCGAAGACAAAUCCAGAAGAGCUGCAAGAUUCUAUAGAAACUUUGCUCACCAUUCUGAACGUAAUUAAAGCUCAGCGAAUCAUCGACUCAAAACGAAUACCUGGCGUUCAAGAAGAGACUAUCACGCGUCUUCAGGACAAUACUUUCAAGUUUUGGAAGUCUCGAGGCGUGACAAGCGAUGCUUUGUCGAAUAUUCUUCUGCAUACGGAGGACUAUAAAAGCAAUCCGGUGGACGUCCCUAAGAGCAAUCUCGUGGACGACCCUAAGAGCAAUUUCGUGGACGACCCUAAGAGCAAUUUCGUGGACGACCCUAAGAGCAAUCUCGUGGACGACCCUAAGAGCAAUCUCGUGGACGA